GUCUCUAUGACGGGCUACAGCUUUCUUCUCAAAGUGGGUUUAUAUAGAAAGGAAACGAGCAAUAAACCAUUGAUAGAAGAUGCUUCGACUGAAAAUUUUUGUACUUCUGAUUAUCGCCACUGGAUUGGUUAUUUCGGAAGGUAGUGACAUAUCGGUGUCUCCCAAUGCCCAGAUACCAGAGACAACACCAGAGACUAACACAAUGUGUCCCAACAGCAUCGGAAUGACGGAUGAGAUAAGAUUGACUUAUCUUAAUUUGCACAACGAUCGAAGGAGUAUGCUUGCAUUAGGGCAAGCAGUCAAGAACGACCAGACAUACAUGCCAGGUGCUAAAAAUAUGCUGAAAUUAACAUAUGACUGUGAAUUGGAAGUUUCGGCGCUGCAAUAUGCUGGUCAAUGUCCUAAAAUUGGAUCCGAGGACGGCUCAAGAGGUGGACAAGGGGAAAAUUUUUUCCAACUUACCGAAACUGGAAUGGACUUCUUGAAUGCAGCUAAAACGUCUGCUCGUUCGUGGUACUCAGUUGUUAUCAAGUAUCCCGGCCUUGGAAAAACCGCAAAAUAUAGGGCUAAUCACGUAGGAACUCCGAUCAUAACAUUCACUCAGAUGGUGUGGGCUACGUCAAGCAAAAUGGGUUGUGCGAUUGUACAUUGUCCGCCUCUCUAUACUGCUGUUUGCCGAUACUCUCCAGCAGGUAAUAUCGUUGGCGAAACUGUCUACGAACCCGGUGAAGCUUGUGCAAAUUGUCCUUCUGGGACGGAAUGCAAGUGGCUUGAGGCUACGGGCCUUUGUGGUUGAAAAGUAAAAUAAAAUAUGGCAAACAAUUUUAUAGUUUGAGAAAAUUUCAUCGUAAC